ACUUCAAAUGUAAGCUUCAUAUACAAGUUAGUAAAAUAUUAACUUCCGUUGAAAGCAUAGUUUUCUCUUUAAGUAUUACUAAUUGCUAAUUUGUAUAACUCAAUCAUCAAGCCAAAAUAACAUUUUCUAUGAAAAUCAGCCUGACUAUAUCGAACAUAAUAUCAAAGAAGAACUACAGUUGCAGAUUUGUUUAAAAAAACCAUGGUCACCAUCAAACAAACUAUGAACUUGACGCUGUUACUUGAUUUCAUCUUGGGAGUGACAAUGCAGGUGUUCAACGCUCCGACGGACCAAACGAGUUUGAUAACGGCCACCUGGGAUCAUGCGGUCAAUUCCAAGGCCAAGCUACAUAGCGCCUUGACGAGUGAAUCCACAAUGAUAGAAGCUGAUGUAAUUACUGGUCAUUUGAUUGAUGAACCUCAAACAGAAGGAGAGAAAACUGACCGAAUACCAAUAAUGGGUCAUCCUCCCGCAAUAACUUCAGACUUGAGUCUGAAAGAAUUUUUAGAUGCAUGGAAAAAUUCUAAUAAAAUCAUUAAGCUCGAUUUUAAAUCAACCGAAGCAUUUCAACUAGCCUCGCCAGUCAUUGAAAACGCUUAUAAAGAUUCGCCUCCAAAUCGUCUACCUUGGUUGAAUGCAGAUAUCUUACCUGGUCCCGGUCCAGGAAACAGCCCUGGAGUAGACGCAGACACUUUCCUUAAAGUAUCAACAAAAAGUUUUCCAGAUUCAAUUUUAUCGUUAGGCUGGACUACUAAACGCAACGAUAACGACAAAUAUUCGGAACGUCACAUAAACGACAUGGUAGACGUACUGUUCAAAAACAAAUACAUGAAACCCGUGACUUACGCGGUACGAGCGUCGUUUGCGGUCAAUUCGAUAUCGGAACUUCAAUAUUUGUUGGAGACAUCGCCGGUUGGUUCAACUUUAACUGUCUGGUGUAGUGACCCUAAAGAUAUAAUCAAUUAUCCAAAACUGGUACAGCUGAUAAAUACCGUUGGAACAAAUCGAGUGUACCUGGAUUUACCUGAUGACAUGUCCAAGAUUUUUUUCGAUAUGUAUAAGACCAGUAUUACUAAUACAGCGAGCAAUAAUGUUGGCUUCCUGUCUAUAUCCCUGGCAUCAUUAUUUGCGCUAAAAAACGUAUUCCUUUAAAAUUUUAUUAUAUACUUUAAAUCUGUAUUAAAUAUUGAUUAGGAAAAAUAAAAACCGAUUGAAAAGUUACUAUAUUAUAAUGUAUAAAUAAAUAAAUGUCUUAUAUACUUUUAUCAUUAUAAAA